ACAAAUGCAAUGUGUGUAUCAAUUAUUUUAAAAAAUAUUUUUAACGAUAUAUACUAUUCGUGAACAGUUGCUUCGCUUCAGUACUUUGUAGGAUCGGGUGCGUGAUUCCCUCCUUAUCUGCAGGCAAGUUUGUAGUUAAGGAAUGACGCAGGACCUGAUAUCAAAUUUGCCCAAAACAAUCCUUCAUGACAUUCUGUCUAAGCUGCCAGAGAAGGAUGCUGCUAGGACAAGUGUUUUGUCCAAGGUGUGGGCAGAAACAUGGUCGACGUUUCCCAUUUUGUUGCUUUGUGAUACUAAAAUAGUAGGGGUGUUUUCCCAGAGCCCGGAAGAUUUGAUGAGGAAAAGAAAGACCUUUGUCGAUUAUGCGAUGAGAACAUUGCUAAGGUUCCAUGAUCAAGGCUUAGCAAUCAAAGAAUUUAAGAUCAGACUAAACUGUUUUGACUUUCAGGACAUGUCCCAGGAUUUUGAUCUUUGGUUGAAGUUGGCUAGUGAAAGUCGUGUUGAGGUACUGGAACUUUGCCUACCUGAACUGGGUGAGCAAGGUCAGAACCAAUGCUAUAUCUUGCCAACAGGUGUCAUUGAAGCCAAAUCGCUUUAUAAGUUGGUGUUGAUGGGGGCAAUCAGAGUUGAUCAAGCAUUCCGCAAUCAUUCAAUCAAGUUUUUCUCUUUGCGAGUAUUGUCAUUGUGGCUUGUCCUUUCGGGAGAUGAAAAGGCAAUUGAGCAUCUCAUUUCUUGUUGUCCUUUGAUUGAAUAUAUAACUUUGAGGUGCCGUUUUGUUCUGAACCGUGGUAGCAUAAGUGGCCUGCUCGAGUCCAGGACUUCUAGGAUGACAUCAAUAAGCAUGCUUGGCCUGCCAAAGCUCAAGGAAGUUGAUAUUCAAGGAAUACAGGAGGUUAAGGUUGAUGCUCCAAAUCUUGAGAAUUUCUGUUUUUGUCCUGGUGAUUUGCAUGCACCUUCCAAGAUGAAUUUCGACAACUGCAGGAAUUUGAGAGGGUUAAAUUUAUGGUCAUUGAAGAGCAACAGUAUCACAGACAAGUGGUUUCUUGAUCUGUUUCAUAAAUUUCCUUUCCUUGAGAGUUUGAAAUUUGUCAAUUGCACGAUGUCUGAGACAAUUAAUAUUUCAAGUGUUCAACUCAAGGUCUUGGAGUUAUCAAAUUGCUCUAACUUGAAGGAGGUCAACAUUGAUGCUCCAAAUUUGUUAUUGUGCGGAUAUUUUGGUGCUGGUGCUGCAACACCUAUUAUAUCUUUUCUGAAAAGUUCUAGUCAACUGAAAGUCAAUGUUCUGAUUCACAUUGAUUAUGCGAAUCUUACGAACUUCAGGGAAUUGAUCCAAAACUUCAAACCUCAACAUGUUUUGGCAUCGCUUACCCUAUUUAUCCAUCAGUCAAUUAUAGAUGACUUGAACUUAAAUGUCUUGCAAGUUUCAUCCCCUCCACCAAGCAUCAAACACUUGGACAUACGUGGUGUUCCGAAAAGUAAAACAUAUUUGCCCCUUGUCAAUAGUUUACUUUUGAGUUGCCGCCCUGCAACUAUUUCAUUGAGCUUGCAUUCUUCUUUCUGCAGCAGAGAAUUCAUUGAGCUUUUCUAUGAGACGCUAAUGGAUAGAAAAGAGGACAAAUGCUUUUGCCGUUCAGGUCAUACUAAGUGUUGGUGGCAUGGCUUGAAGGAUGUUAAAGUCACAAGCUCUGUGAAAACAGAUGAGAAUGUUGAUUUCAAGACCAUGCUAGAUGCAUUGCCAACUUUUUCAACUCAUGAAAGUAUUAGCUUUUGGUUAGAAAUGUAAUAUUGUUGUCAUCAACUGAUAGACAUGCUUAUUAGAAGUUUGAUAUUGCUACAGAAUAAGAUGUGCAUCCUUCUUGUUUUAUUUGUAGGUAACGAAAGCUCCCCUAUUAGGUUGCCCUUCAUGCCAUAUAAUGAUUAUUGUUGAGUGAAAAUAGAAAAGAAGAGGUCAGAAAAUGCUUAAAAAAAAAAAAAGAGCAAAGAACCAAUUCACAAUUGACAUUGAUUUGGGUGAAAGUAGUAGUACUAGUAUUUUGUACUAUUUUGCUCAAAAUAAUCGGUUAAUGAUGCAACUAAAUCAAUUAACAUGUACCCCUUUGAGCCUUUUUCAGCUAAGAGCUGAGCUCCAG